AUGGGAAAAGAUCGCUUUGGAAAGUCCUGUCAGGAAUUUUAUUUUCCCGAAUUUCGGAUCCUGACAGGCUCCACUCCGGACUCUUGGUCAGUUGGUAUUUUAAUGUUUGUUAUUAAACCGACUGUGGAAGCUGAACAUGGAAAAGAUUUGCCUACAAAUGGACACAUGGGAGCAUCCCACCCCAGCUGUGCACCUGCCAUCUGGAUUUUCUGGAUUGUGGCCUCAGGAGCAUUUUGUAGGGAUGUCACCUCCCAGGAGGUGUGGGAACACAGCCAGGUCGAGCCCAGCCCAGCCAGGGAACUUUCCAGUGCUGCUCCACCACGGAUCCAAUUAAACAGCUGGACACCCCGGCUGGUCAGCGCGCUCAGAUCGCUGUUCUGUGAUCGAUUUUUACACGAUUUUUACAGCAAUCCGUGUGUCCGACACGGCAGUGUCCGGGCACAGCCGCGGGUGUGCCCACGGGAGCGAUGCUGUAUCCGCAUCCCGGUCCCAUCGCCGGGGGAUGCUCCGCUCCCUGCCCGGCCACACAAGCACGGAACUGGAACACAGGUGUCCCCAAAACCCUGCCCGGAGCUCGCUGGAACCCUCCGGCUCUGCCUCUUCCGGGCGGCCCCGGCUCCGCCCCGGCAGCGCGGCCUUGCCCGGACCGGCCCCGCCAUCGCCGCUCGGCUCCUCCGCCCCGGGCAGGUGGAGACUUUUUAUUCUACGAUGACGCCAAGGCUCAUUCCAAGAGUGAAUUCCAAAUCUGGAGAAUCUCCAUGCAAGGAGAAACGUGCGGUUCUGCUCAGCCCCCUUGGAAAAAUCGAGAUCUCCGGGUGUGAAACGGGCUUACAUGAAAUAAAACUUCCCAAAAUGACCGUGCUGCCAAGUGGGGCAGAGGCCUCGGCUGCCUGUGAAGUGUAUGAGGGAGCAGAGGAGAUGCCAGAGCCGCUGGAACAGUGCACAGCCUGGCUGAGAGCUUAUUUCUGUGAGCCAACCACCAUAGCGAGCCUUCCCGUGCCAGCCUUCCACCACCCACUGCUCCAGCAAGAUUCCUUCACCAGACAAGUGCUGUGGACCCUGAUGAACGAUGUGAAGUUUGGAGAGGCCGUUUCCUACAAGCAGUUGGCAGAUCUGGCCGGGAACAGCCGAGCGGCCAGAGCGGUGGGGGGAGCCAUGAGGAGCAACCCGAUCCCCAUCAUAAUCCCGUGCCACAGGGUGAUCCGCAGCAGCGGGGAGACCGGCAACUACGGAGGGGGACGCCUCUUGAAGGAGUGGCUUUUGUCACACGAGAAGCUCCAGAAGGAGAAGUUGGCAUAUUGAUGCGGCUCCAGCUGCUAACCAGCCAAGACACACAACCACGGAUCCUUGGCUUAUAACAAGCUCUCAGAGCACCCAGCAGAAUUCAGAAAAAUGGUAAAUAUUUGAGUGACAUAUAAAUAUAAUGCAACAUCCAAAGUGAAAUGUGUGGUGGCACCACUAUAUUAAAAAAGCGGGCUGCGUCCUGGGGGAGGCAGCUCGGCUGCCCUUUCUUGUUUUUACAUUUUACAGCAGAAUGACUACAGCGAUCCAGGCCUGUUGUGCAUGGAUUUUGUUCCCAUCUCCAGUCCUGUUUUGUUCUAUUUUUAAUGUCCAUUAAAGCAGGGAUAAGGGAGUGGGAGGGACGUGGCAAAUGUGAGGUUCCGUCUUCCCCCUGAGGAAGCGUCUGGCUUGUGGAGGGCCCUGCCAGCUCCUGCCCAGCUCCCCCUCCCCAGUUUGGGGCAUAAAAUGGUGUUUUACCUAAACAGGAGUUAACAGAGCACAGUGAGAUCUAUUCAAAAGCAGGCAGCUAUUGAAUUCCUUGUUGCUGGCUUUUCUUUUCAAACUGGGAGAUGGGAAUAAUUUUUUUUUUGCGUAAAACAGCAGAAGAGAUGCUACUGAAAAAUCGUAUAUUUUGGAUAAGCAGCUUGUUUAGUCCAGUAAGGCAAAAUAUUAAAAAGCUCAUCAUAGUUGCAUCAUUAGCAGCAACACAUUCCUUUAGAGUUUGAUGUUUUCCUUUAGAUUUCCACAUUUCUCUGUUAUUCAGAGCUUUAUUUCCUGCCUCUGCGUAGGAAGGAUUCAAGAGACAUUAAAGCUAAAUUUUGAGGUGGUUUUAGUAGGGUUCUCUGUGAGUACAAGCCACCAGAAGCUGAAAUUUCCAGUAUGGGAAUCGUAAAUUGUAACAUGGAAAUACUGAUUUUUUUAUGUGUUUUAUCAUAUUUUCAUGGAUGUCUCUUUAGAAAGGCCAUUGCUUCCUCCCAAAAAUUAUUGUGUGGCAAUGCGUUAGUUAAUCCAGGAUUAUUGAUACCUUGGAAUUACUUCAAUAAAAAAACUGCUUUGCAUGUGCAA